AUAGCUUCAAUCGGUGCUGCCUCUCCACUGCUACACGAUCGAUCGGUCCAGCUCUCCACUGCUUUAAUCGGUGCUGCUUCGAUCAGUGCUGCUCUCCACUGCUACACGAUCGAUCGGUGCUACUCUCCACUGCUACACGAUCGGUGCUGUUCUCCACUGCUACACUCCAAAGAUUCGAGUUUUUCGCUACUUCUACACCAUCGUUGCUGCUGGACAGAGAUAUCGUUGGGUUUGGAGGGCUAG